GAGGCGUCUCACCUCAUUCCGGAGAGACGCCGCCGCUUGGCUGGCUCGGCUGCUUCCUCUGCGUUUCCAGUGAAGAAUAUCGGAGUGUUUUUUUUUUUUUGUUGUUUUUUUUUUUUUUUUUGAGGCAUCAUUCUGAGAGAAGAGUUUCACUCCAGCUUCAGUUAUUCCUCUGCUUGAAGACCUCUUAGUCUUAAAAGAUGAGCAGUUUAAUGGCGUGUAAGGAGCCGUUUGACAGAGCCAUUUCCGAGCCUGUUGAGGACACGGACACCACCAGCUUCGUGGCAGAGUUUUCCUUGGAGGCCAAUUAUCCUGUCCAAGUCACAGAUCCUCACGAUGCUGUGACACUACAUCUUAGCUCCAUGGCCUCUGGGUACCUGCACCCCUCCUCUCAAGACAAGAUCAGACAGCCAGUUGAAGAUAUGGAGGACUGCACUUGCCCAACAUCUACUUCACCAGACUGUCCCAAACAACUGCAGAUUCUCGCCAGCCCUUGUGAAAAAUGCUGCUGCCCGGCGCCCCCGCCCAAGAUCAGCGACCUCAUGAACGACAAAGACCUGCUGGACUCGCUGCGGCUGAAGCUGGACCCAAACCACUGCACCAUCAAAAACUGGAAGAACUUUGCGAGCCGCUGGGGAAUGAGCUAUGACGAACUCACCCUGCUGGAGCAUCGGACCCAGGGCUCCCUGUCUCACAGCCCCACCCAGGAGUUCCUGCUGCGCUACAACCAGAAGACGGUCACCGAGCUCACCGAACUGUGCCGCAUCUAUCAGCGCAUUGACGUGCUGCGGCUGCUGCAAAGCUGGAUAGAAAAGGACUGGCCGUCACGUUGGCAGCAGACUCACUAAUAAGUUGAAGAAUGUAUAUUUAUCUGUUUGUUUCUUCUCCCAGGGUGUACAUGUUUUGGAUCUCUUUUAUAUUUUUUGUCAUCCAAGCUACAAGUGUUUUUAUUUUUUAGGCAAAUUCUUAGAAAAUGAACCUUUGAAAAGAAAACAGAUAAUGAACAGAAAAAGGAAAAUGAGUGUCAGUCUUCUGGUCAGUAACACUGAAUAUAGUAAAUACGUGAUUCUGAAACGUCGAUGUGUAGGUAACAGAGUGAUUCAUAUCCUUCAGCGAUGCUUUUGGAGAGCUGUCUGACGGUUCACACCUCUUCCAGUGUAAAGUCAGAACAAACACACGAUGCAGCUCAUCAAAAGUGUUGCUGGGUAGCUGAGGAGAAGUGAAGACGACAAUAAAUGAGAUUCGUAUCACAACACUUGCUUCGACCAUAACGCGGCCAAUUCAAUGAAAUUCAGAAGUACUGUUUCGUGUCCCAAAGGGAAACUAAAUGUUGCCGUAACUUGUAUCAUCCAAGUAUCUUCAAAGAGCUGCAGCGGGUGGUGAUGCUGUGGGCAGGAAGGACUGCUGCUAGCCAUCAGUGAAACAAGGGCUGGAGAAGUACCAAACAGUCCCAUUCACAGAUUUAACACCGGUGUUUGGUUGUUGUAGCGGUUCGCAUUGUCACCUCACAGCAGCAUAUUCUAUAAUAAAAACCUCAGCUGUGCAGCCCAUUCUCUCUGCAGGCAUUGUGAAUGCAUGGAUUUUCUCCAGGCUUCCAGCCUUCCUCUCAGACCUAUGAAAUAAUACUUUUUACAUGAAUGGUUAGGACUGAGUGUAAGCGGCCGGCUGUUUGACAUACUGGUUCCCAGACCAGGAAAUACCUGAUACUUUCCCGUUGCUUGCUUUGAUUAAAAACCUCUCCUCCUCCUCGUGUUGUAAAACUACAUUUAAUAGGGAGUAACUGCACAAAAAUCACAGUUCCAUACUUAUUCGAAUUUUAAAAUCACAGCUCAGUACUUUUAAGUAGCUUAACAUUAAAAAAGUGAAAAGUUAAAGCACUGACUGGAGAUUUGGUUGGAUUUUUUUCAGUGAAUGAAGUACACGCAGGCAUAGCCAAUGCUAUAUUGUUGUAUAUUCUGUGUGUAAACACAGAAUAUACAACAAUAUAGUCACUUGAAAAUGGUCAGUGUUCAUGUUUAAUAUGUUUUAAAUGACAUUGUGCCCAUAUUUGAGAAUAAAACAUGUUUAAAUCCC